GAAGGCAGAGGAGGAGGUGGAGGAGGAGGUGGAGGAGGAGGCAUUGAAGCUGAAGCUGGAGGUUGUUACACUCACAGGGCCCCACAGAGGAGGCCAGUGUUCACAGGGCAGGGUCAGUAUGUCCAACCUCAGCCAGACCUAUUCAGCCCUAGCCAAACCUAUGACUACAACCCUGCCCAGUGGAGCUGGCCAGUGGAGCCCUCAGGCCCUGGUCUGAGACACUAUUCCCCUGUGAGAGAACAAUGUGGCUGUGUGGGACAGGGUGGAGGUGACGCUGUUGGGACGGCRACCGGGACACACCCCUUCAACAGCAGCAGACAUGCGUCAGCCUUGUCACUCCCGGCGGACCCAGACCCGGCACACAGACAGACAGACAGACAGACAGACAGACAGACAGACAGACAGACUAGCUACAACUACAAUCCAGAGGGGCACAGGCACGCUAGUUAUGGAGCGGAAGAGCAGAUCUGGGAUCAGUCAAAACACAGACAGGCCAGCUGCAGUUACAGUACAGAAGACAAACCAAUACACAGGCAGGCUAGUUGUGGAGUGGAAGAACAGAUCUGGGGUCAGUCAAAACACAGACAGGCCAGCUGCAGCUACAGUUUGAGGCUAGAAAGACAGGCUAGCUACAGUCCACAGGAACUACACAGACAGGCUAGCUACGGUCCACAGGAACUACACAGACAGGCUAGCUACAGCUACAGUCCAGAAGACAAGCCAAUACACGGACAGACUAGCUACGGUCCGGAAGAACAGAUCUGGGAUCAGUCGAAACACAGACAGGCUAGUAACAGUCCAGAAGACAAAGCGAUACACGGACAGACUAGCUACUGUCCAGAAGAACAGAUCUGGGAUCAGUCGAAACACAGACAGGCUAGCUACAGUUACAGUCCAGAAGACAAACCGAUACACAGACAGACUAGCUACUGUCCAGAAGAACAGAUCUGGGAUCAGUCGAAACACAGACAGGCUAGCUACAGUUACAGUCCAGAAGACAAACCGAUACAUGGACAGACUAGCUACGGUCCAGAAGAAAAGAUCUGGGAUCAGUCGAAACACAGACAGGCCAGCUACAGUUACAGUACAGAAAGGCAGGACUGGAGAUUUACUGCUGGUGGUAAACACGWUCAUUUGGACAGGUGUGUACCACUGGAACAAGGAAAUUUACACCCCCACAUGCCAAAUGGAUGCUGUGGCAUUGGUGGUCCCAGCCCCAGGCCUGUGUCCUCUCGGGGCAGGGGAGAUAGACCUAACCACCAGGAGGGGACUACUAGAUUAAAGGCUGGAGGAGUUGGAGGUGGGAUAGGAGAGGACGGCUGUAAUGGGCGACAUGUCCCUGCUGGCUCUAGCUCUGAGGGUUUGGUCAGGAAGAAGCAGAGUUUGGUCCGGAAGAACCAGGGUUUGGUCCGGGAGAACCAGAAUUCGAUCCAGGAGAAGGAGGGUGUGGUCCAUGAGAACCACAGUUCGACCCAGGAGAACCAGGGUUCGAUCCGGGAGAAGGAGGAUUCAGUCCGGGUGAAGAAGGGUUCGGUCCGGGAAAACCAGGGUUUGAUCCGGGAGAAGGAUGAUUCAGUCCGGACGAAGGAGGGUUCAGUCCGGGAAAACCAGGGUUUGAUCCGGGAGAAGGAUGAUUCAGUCCGGACGAAGGAGGGUUCUGUCUGUGAGCAGAUCAGACAGGUGGUGUCAGACCUGGAGGGGGUCCUGGGUGGUCUCAAACAGGUCCACGUGGAGAUGAAGGAGGUGGUCCAACAGAUAGAUCGUCUGACAGCUAACAUUGACCUGGAAGAGGAAGAAGGAUCAUGUAACAAGUCCCCUAGUAGUGGUGACGGUCUCCCCAACCCCAGAGACUGUAAAGGAGUCCUGAUGUUCAACCAGGGAGACCAAAGACCACAGUACAGAGACAUGGACCGUACCGUCAACCAGAAGACUACUAGGGUCCAGGUGCACACCCGCUGGACUGAUACAGGGGACCUGGUCCACAACCAUAAGACUCCUGGGAAACAUGGACCACAGUGCAGAGACACGGAUCAUACUGUCAUCAUACAUGACCCUCCUCCCGACCCCAGAGACGUCCCUGGGRUCCUGGUGUACAGCCAGAAGACUAAUGGAGAUCAGGGAGUCUCCCUACUGUACAGACACCCUGACCAUACUGUCACCAUACGAACUAACUCUCUGUCCCCUGUUCUCACCGCAUCUGUCAUCARGACCAACCGGGUUGGGGUCACAGCCCUGAGCCCCAUGGGCCCCCUGAGCCCCUCCAAAGACCCCAAACAGGACAGACGGGGGCUCAACGGACACCCUCCUCUACUCGGUCCGGGAAGAGAACUGAACCAUGUGGCCCCCCAGACCCCCCUAGAGCUAGAAAUGACCCCCUCCCUACCCCUACCCUUAUGGACUCAACUGUCUGACCCCACAGCCAUGGUUGGAUACAGUGUCCCCACUCUUAGGAACCAGAAACCUCCACUGUACCCACGCCACAACGGACGGGUGGAGAGGCUCAGUAAGAGUCCGGCUCAACCACCCUACCCUGCCCACCCAGCACUGCCGGUCCUGCCCCACCUGGCUCAGCCACCCUACCCUACCCACCCUAACCACCCAACCCACCAUGCCCUGCCUCCCAGUGACCUGAAGACAGCCCCCUACCCGGGGAAAGGCUGCAGCAUGGUAUGAGGGGGACAGGAGACAGCCUCACUGCCAUGGGGGCCUCGAACAUAUAAUACAAGGACAGACCUACACUGAUAAGUAGUCUGAGAAAGAAAGCUUGCGGAGCCCUGACGUGGUGAAGAGAUGUCAGUCAGUGGUGGACACGGUCAGAGCUCGCCCUGAAGGGGGGGAUAUUUCCAAGGGAAAACGCUCCAGACAGACAGGAGGGAAAUUCCACAUGAAAGCCUGCGAUGCACAGGCCUUGAGAUGCACAGUAUGAAGCAAGCACUUCAACAGACAUUAACAUGUAUGUGUGGUGUCCGAGGGGGUUGGCCAAAACAUAAGACAGCAAAAAUAAACAUUUCUGAUACAAAUUGGACAAUAAAUUUGUAUUGUAUUGUCUAACCCAACCCUACUGAUCACACCUAGAUCCCUUUGAGCUAGACACCCAAAGGUAAUCGACAAAAUAAUCUCUAGACAAAUGAGAAUGGAUGUUGGAAGUUAUACGAUUAUAUUAUCUAUAUUAUCUAUAUUCAUGUUUAUAAAUGUUAAUUUUCUAAAUGAGAAAAUUGUACUGUCUGAAACAUUCAAUUCCAAAAAAGUUAAAAUUGUCAACUGAAUGUGUCACAUUUCUUACCUUUGUGUAUAAAAUAAAGAUAGCAGUGACCUAA